GUCGCUGACUUCACCACACAAAUGGACAGUUCGGUCGCUAAUCCUUCUGUGUGGGACACACAAAAAGUGUAUAAACACCACGAGCAACGAAAUGUUGCCCAAACACGCCCAAAAUACAGAGAGGGGAGGCGCCUCAAAGCUGUUAAGGUAUAUACCAUCAACUUGGAGUCUCGGUUCCUGUUAGUUCAAGGAGUGCCCGCUAUUGGAGUGAUGCCAGAGCUGGUGCAGCUCUUUGCUCUCUAUGGAGUGAUCGAGGAGUACAGGGCGCUGGAUGAAUACCCAGCAGAGCAGUUCACUGAAGUCUACUUGUUUCAAUUCCAGAAACUGACGAGUGCAAGGGUAGCUAAACGGCACACUGAUGAAAAGAGCUUCUUUGGGGGUCAGCUGCACGUCUGCUAUGCCCCAUAUACACAUUAUAUACAUAACCUAAACCGAAAUCUACGGACCUAA